GUUUUGCGUUUAUUUGUUUAAUGAUGUUCUGCCUAAUAUUUCUUAUUUUUCUUAAAAGUCAUGUGUAUUCAGAAAGUUGCACGGAAUCCGACUUAGUGAUAAAAAGUACUGAUUGUGACACUUCAGGGAAUAGAUGGCUCUUUAAAAUACCAAGGGUUGACGACAGAUGUGAUCUCAAUGAGUUGAGUUUACCUAAGAAGGUGAAAAACUGUGACAAAACGUGUGCUUCUGGAAUGCAUCUGGAUUUGUUAUCACAGAAUUGUGAGGUUUGUCCUCCAGGAACGUUCUCCAAAGGUGACACAUUCGAAGUAACAAAAUGGGACACCAUUCCUGAAAUAUUGUCUUCUGAUGUCACGUAUGGUGAUACUUUCAAUGAUCGAUGCAAUCUAACUGGUUGGUCACCUCAAGGUAAAUACCUGGUCGGUAAAACAACAGCAAGUUGUGCUAUUAUACUUUCAAUGAAAGUAUACAAUCUUAAACCGGGGACAAUAACAUUUACAUAUCAAAUUGAAGAAUAUGGAGCAAUGGCUUUCUUUACUAUGAGAAAUGAAAGAUGUUCACAAUUACCUGGAGGUAGUUAUCUUUUACGGCUUACAGGACCAUACGCCUAUGAAACGCUGGCAUUCAGUGUACCCGUUGGACAUAAUAUCCUUCAAUGGUAUUUAUUUGUGGAGAAUGCUUAUAUACAACAGUUAUACGGAUUAAAAGAUCCUGAAUUGCAUAUAAAAGAAAUUCGUUUAACAGGUACACCUCCAGUGACAACAUGUAUUCCAUGCGUAGCUGGAAGCUUUGGAGCACAUGAAAAAUCUGAUCAUUGUGAAUUAUGCCCAAGAAAUACAUAUUCAAGUGAAGGUGCUUCUUCAUGUAAACCUUGUUCAGAAAAUGAAUAUUCAGGUAUUGGAUCGUCAAGUUGCAGUCCACGUCUCCCCUGCGUUAAAGAUGACUAUACAAGUUACUGGACACCAUGUGAUAAAGAACAGAUGACUCAGCGUAGAUGGAAAUGGAUUGAACCAAAAAUAUGCGAUGAAAACCGUGGUGUUUCAUUACCUCAACCAGAUAUUCCUAUAAAAUGCCAUGAAUGCCCUAUUGGUACAUUCCCUUUAGAUGCCAAUACUUGUGAAUUAUGCUCUGACAGUUCAGCGAAAAGAAAUAUAAAUUUAGAAAAGUGUAUUAAAUGUCCAGUUGAUCAAGUUCCAAUAUAUGGUUUUCAUUUUGACAAUUGGUGUCGUAUACCGUCCAUAUUACAGAUGAAGUGUUUCAAUUUCUUUAACGUUAAGUGUGAUGCUUGGGAACGUGAUAUGACAUCUUUACGUGGUGGAGUUGGUAUGCAUUUAGAUGAAGUAGCAACACUGGAGUUACCUGUUUCCAAUGGUUUUAUCACAGCAUCACCAGCUGUCAGUUUGGGAACAACAGCAUUGACUUUCUUACAACCGCCGAUUCCAAAUACAUUCGUACGUAUUGAAUUUCAGCUAGAAUGUAGUUCGAGAUGUCGGCUUUCGAUGAAACAGGCGUUUAACACUGGAAAUGAACAAAUUAUUUCCAGAUGGACAGGAACAACCAAGCGGAUGAACUUCACUUAUCACGUACGAGAAGCCAGUGGAACUAAAUUCAUUUGGAUUUUUGAAAAGCUUGCCUCAUCCAAUGUUCAUUCAUCAGCUGUCUUACAAGAUCAUGUAAAUUUUUUCCAAAUAGAAGUGACAAAUGUCAAGAACAACAAUCCUAUUGGUUGUCAAACUUGUGUAAGAGGAAUCGAACAUGGAACAUGCAAAAGUUGUCCAGGAGGUUUGUACUAUUCAAUUCAAUAUGAUGAAAUUACGAAGGCGAAUGUUAUUAAUUGUACAAAGUGUCCGAAUAAUUCAAUUGUAGUCGCUGAUGCAUCCAGCUUGCAUACAGUGGAUGAAGCAUGUCAACAGUGUGAAUCUGGUACCAUUUCAGUAAAUCAUAGUGUAUGCAUUACUGAUACACGACCAACUCUUGCCUCUGGAUUUCAGUAUGAUCUAACAAAUGUGAUUGAUAAGAUUCAUAUUGUAUCCAGCCCAAAAAUGUUCACUCCAUCGGGAACAGCAUACAGUCAUGAGUUUCGUAUUAAUAUGGCAUAUGGUAAAACUGUUCGGUGUAUAGAGAACUCCUCGAAUUCAGAUCACUAUGCCGUAGAAGCUUUGAUUUGUCGACAUACAAACCUUGAACUAUCGAAUCAUGGAAAAAGAAAAUUCUACUCUAAGCCAACAAGACUGGCUGAUCGUCUUGUUCGUUUGGUAGCUAGUAAUGUGACACCAAAGUUCUGGCAAGAAAUCAAUGAGAAUUUGACAAAAGCAGGAUGGGAAAAGGAUAAACUUGGUAACGAUUUACACUAUAUCUUUACAUCUGAUGACCAUAGUUCCAAUUGCCCACUGGGUCGAACAACUGUAUUAACACUUCGAUGUUUAUUCACUCAAGAUACUGGCAAACUAUUCAAUGAAUUUCAAGAUGCCCCAGAUUAUAUUUAUGGAAAAAUUGAACUUCCACCAGCUUGUCCUGACGGAACUUGUGAUGGAUGUACAUAUCACUUUCUAUGGCUUUCUCUUUAUGCAUGUCGUUUAUGUACAGAAGAAGACUAUGAACGAAUUCUGGGUGAAUGCGUUUAUGGACAUAGAAAAGUACAUCUUCGUGCUCCAUGGGAAUGUAGAGUUGAAUCCGGUAAGAAUCUUACCAUCAUUGAAACAUGUCCACUGUUGACUAAAUCUCAAAUGGCUGCUGUCUUACUGACUACAUUUGUUCUGAUUAUACUGGGACUUAUAAUUUUUGUGUGCUAUCGUCGAAACAAAACACUUGAAUAUAAAUAUAUGAAACUUGUUCAAAGUACUUCAGGAAAAAAUCAAGUAACUAGUUGUGCGUUAGAAGAUAAUGAGAUGGACAAUAAUAGUGGAAAUGCGUAUUACAAUAAUAACAACAUUGAUAGUUAUAACAAGAUGAGUGGUGUUAGUAUCAAAUCCCCACCAAGCUAUACCAAUUCCACUGGAAUUGUCUUAGAACCGAGUGAAUUUCUUCAAGGUGAAAAGUUUCCACCAAUGGGUUUCAAAGGAUUGCCUAAGGUUAAUCUUCCACCAAUUAUUUACAAGGUUAGUGAAUAUUUUUAUUUUAUUUUGAUAUAUAAGCUACUGGGUACUUUUAUUAUUUCAGUUUUGAGGUUUGUAGGGAUUUAUUGAUUUUUGAUUGGCAUUCAUCAUCAACUGCAGAAACACUGGGGACCUGGGAGCACUGGAUAUCUGUUUCGUCCUAGUUCGGUGCUCCUCAGCGGCGCGCACUUAUGACCUCGUUAGGGGUCCCAUACUAAGACGAAAGAGCUGUCCAGUACUUCCAGGUUACCAAUAUUUCUUCGACUUAUGUUGGUUCAUGAUGAAUACCAAUCUGAAAUAAAUAAAUCCCAAAAAACCUGAAAAUUGAAUUAAUAUAGUGCUCAUUGGUGACUAGCUUUGAAAAGUGAUUCCCGAAGUUUUAAUCAAAAGUCAUGACGAGUGGAGUCAACUUAGUCGAACAUGAGGACAUUUACUCAACGACUACAUUGGAUGGAUGUCGCCCCAUAUUGCAAACUGAUGGAAGUAAGAAAGACGAACCACUGGAUCCUGACUGAGUGGCUCAAUAGUAAGGUGCAGGCAGCGGAACCUGAAGGUCCUUGGUUCGAUACCUAGUGGGGUCGCAUGGAUGUGAACUGCUGAGGAGUUACGUAGUGGGGCGAAACAACUGUCCAGCGCUUCCAGGUUUCCAAUGUUUCUUUAGGUGAUGUCACCUGAUGAUGAAUAUCAACUUUUGUUUUUGUUCUGAUUAUCUUAUUGAUACAUUAUUCUAAUGUUCUGUCGAAAAAGUAGAGCAUCGCUGUUUAUAAUUGCUGUUUCUUACAAGAAAGAUGCAGCUAUAUGCUCUAGAGAACCUUACAAACUUACAUUAUUAUCUUUAUGAACUGUUUGGAUAUAUUGAUCUGAUCUACCUGAAUUUUUUACUGGCAUAAAGUCAAUUUUUAUCAAAGCCAAAAAAUAAUUUAUUGACUUGAAAAAAGUAUCAAAACCAUACUUUCGUGCAACACAUUAUCAAAUUUUGUAUAUGAGCUUUAAUUUCCACUCUUUCCCUUAGUCGAUCUUUCUGGAUAAAUUUUUAAUUUUAUGAGUAAUCGAUUUUUACAGAAUAUGCAGCAACCGAAAGGCUUAGUUACGCUAAGCGAAGUACACACACACACACGUGCCCACCUAAAAUGUCACAUAACCAUCCUGUGAUUCUUUUUUUUUCACUCUCAACUUAUUUAUUCAUCUUCUCCCUGACUGUCAUUAACAUCAGUCUAGCAGGUAAGAGAAUAGAUGAAUGAAUGAGUGGAAAUCAGGGUGGAAAAUAUAUGGAAAGAAUAAACAAAAUAAAAAUAACUCAUGGUAAGGUUGUGCAAACUGUAAAAUGGACGUAAGGGUUGUACUAUGAAGGUGGUGAUCGCGAAAGGAUAUGACGGCAUAUGUAUUAGCCGUCACAACCACCAUACAGUCAUAUAAAUACAGGUUGCAUAGAUUUUAUACCUUCAUCAUGUUAGAGCAAACCUCAAUCUCUUACUACCUGUGGUGCACUUUCUUUGAACGACAAAAAUUAUGAUGUUGAAAGUGAUGAUGAUCCGUGUGCUGAGGAUGAUUAGCAAACAACUAGAAAUCUAGAAAAAAAAUAGAACUGAAUAUGUGUACUACUCAAUAAACCAUUUGAGUAACUUACCCAUACAUAUGAACAAUAAAAUAUGUUUUUGUCUUUUUCUAGGGAAUGCUUAGCAAGCAGCUGUGGAGGAAGAGUAGUAGAAUAUGAAAGGGAAAUUUGUGUUUUCAAGGGGUUUUCAAUUUUAUGACAAAUUUAAUUAUUUUCCAUUCUUGCUUACACUGUUUGUAAGCCUCUAUUUGUUAGAAAAGGGGGGUUGAAAUAUUAUUUUUCUAAAACCCUUGUCAAAAAACGGAAUAUCAUCAGUGAUAAGUCAGUCAUUUGAUGAAUGAGGAGAACGUUUUUCAAUCAUAUGUUGUUUAUUUACUGUUGGAACCCUAAGACCAUUGAAGAUAAGAGAGCAAGAUCAAUUCCCAAGUGAUUUAGAAGAAUAGUAAAAUAUUUCAGACAGGCGGAAAAACCAAUACAUCGAAACCGCUCCUUCUGUAGACUACAGUCUGUAGGAAAAAAUGAAAAAGUUUUAAAAAAAAUGCUUAUUAACUAAAAAAUUUCCUUCGGGAUUAACUCUUUUAAUCUACUCUACUGACUACUGAGUAGGAUGAAAAUUUAGAACUCAUAGUUAUCAAGAUAUUAUUUAUGUUAAGUAAGGCUGCUUUUAGGUAUUAGUACCACAGACAAUCCCGAAGUGUUGUCAAUCAAAAAAUUUACUAAGAACUAAUUAGCUACAUGAAGAUGUG